CUGCGCAUGCGCGUGGAACACCGCCCUGGAGCCGGGGCUCGGCGUGACCUAAGAUGGCGGCGCCCUGCGCGUUCGAGCCCUGGCUGGAGGGGCGCCUGGAGGCCCUGGGCCUCGACGGGGACGUCUACGGGGGAUACAUCCGAGGCGUCUUGAGGGAAGCCGAAUGCGACGCCGAGCGGCUGGAAGGGCUGGCGGGGGCGCUGGCGGCGGGGGAACCGGAUGAAGAUAUUCUCCAAGAUGUUUGCAGGGAAAUAAUUGAAAAGUGGUCAGAGGCCCAAAAUGCUGGGGCUGCUGAGAAAAAAGAAGAUGAGGUGCAGGCCAUUGCCAGCAUAAUUGAAAAGCAGGCACAGAUUGUGGUGAAGCCAAAGGAGGUUUCCAAGGAGGACACACUGCAGAAGGCUGCCCUCUUGGCACAAUAUGCCAAUGUGACUGAUGAGGAAGAUGAAGUAGAUGUUCAAGACGAUGCUGGAGCAGCAGCAGUGCCUGUCAGCUCUGAAAGAACUUUAUUCAAAAACACCAAUCUAGAAGACUUGGUGAAUGCCCGGAAAUUGGAGAGGGAGCACCAGCGGGAUGAGUCGCAGCGUAAGAAAGAACAAGAUAAACUCCAGCGGGAGAAGGACAAAUUGACAAAGCAAGAGCGCAAGGAGAAAGAGAAGAAGAGGACACAAAAAGGCGAGAGAAAGCGGUAGCCAGGGAGUGUAGUUGGACCCUUCUCCCUCAUCUAAGAUAUGGCACAGCAUGCAGACACACAGAUUGCUCAGCAGAAGGAGUCUUUUUUUUUAAUCCUUCAGCAGUAUGACUUAGGCAAGGGUUGGGGGAGAGCAUGAUGGGUGAAUCCUCUUUACUGUUCCCCUGAAAGAAAACAGUGCUGUAUCCUUUUAUUGUCCAAUUGUUGGACUGAGUAAUUGUGGCCAACCUCUGUAACCAAAGAACUGUAUGAUAGCUCUUUCCCCUCUCACCUUCCCCACUUUUUUGACACUUUCUACCUUUAUUAACCACUCAAGGGGAAGUUGUCUUAUGCCUCAGUAUAUAAACUCUGCCCAAAGGUUGCUUUUGGUUGGAGGAGUUAUUAGAGCAAAAUCUGGUUUCUCAUAUAUGCAAGGUACAGGGAGGAAACACCCCUUGACAAGCUUAUGAAGAUGAACUAAGUGCACCACACACUUCAUCUUCCACAGCUAAAAUUGACCCCAGAGUUACUGCUGCUUGUUGGGAUUGGGCUAAUGCAUCUCUGUGUACUCUUCACAAGGCUGUGCUGUUGCCAUUUAAGUAAAGUUCUGUGAAUUUAAUUCAGUCUGAGGCAUCGUUGACUUUUUGGUCUAUGCAGUUCUUUAUAAAGUAUGAUGGGGAAGCCACUGGCUGAAAUGGAACAAGGAAGGACAGGUUGCCUGUAACAGUGGUUUUUUGAAUUGAAUGGUUGUCUGGGAAUUCAUAGUUGGGUCUUGGCAUUUUGAAACAUUCUACAGCGGAAUGAUUUUUGGCAAGAAUCCUGCCCAGACCCUCGCUGUGCCUGCAUCACUGUAUAUCAGCUCCUCUCCUCAGUUCUUUUUGCCAUACUUCUUUCACCUCUAGGAACGUUCUCAGUAGCUGAGUUUUUUUAUCAGCACUUCCUUUCGCUUUCAUUUCCUCUUUAGUUUUUCUUCCUACUUCUCAUGGUAGUUACUAAGAUAUUUUUUUAUUUUCUUUCCCUACUCUGUUACUUGGGAGGGGCCUUAGUCAGGUGGCUUCAAAAUUCCCAUUCAAUCUAUGCUCUACUUGUGGACAUUAACUGCCAUUUAAAUAAAGCUCUGUUGACUUAGUUCAAUCUGA